AUGGGAGAUUUUAAUGCUACUUUAAAUGGUGAUGAAAUAAUUUCUAUGAGAGGUCAUAAAUUGGGCUGUUCGGAUUUCAAAGCUUGUUUGGAUUUUUGUGAGGUUAGAGACAUUAAAUGUUCUGGAACUUUUUACACUUGGAAUAAUAAGCAAAGCGGAGAUGAUAGAGUUUAUGAUAAGUUGGAUAGAGUGUUGGCGAAUUCUGACUGGGUGUCCUCUUAUCCCAUAGUUGAAGCUGUCUUUUUGCCAGAAGGAGAUUUUGAUCAUAGUCUAAUUCUAUUAUCUGAUUUUCAGGAGGUGACGGGCAGAAAAAAACCUUUUUGUUAUUUUGAUAUGUGGAGUACUGCUCCUAGUUAUCAGGAAAGAGUUACUAAUAGCUGGAGUCAGAUGGUUUUAGGCACUCCUAUGUUUCAAGUUGUUCAAAAACUGAAGUGUUUAAAAUAUAUUUUGAAGGAAAUGAAUCGUGAGCAUUUUGGGGAUCUCCCAGCACAAGUGUUACAUGCUAAGCUUCAUAUGAUUGAUAUUCAAGGAGCUCUUCAAUUGGACCCUUUGAACUUAAGACUAAUUAAUGAAGAGGUUGUUGCCCGGGCUAGUUAUAGAAAGUGUCAGGAUAAUUAUUUGACCUUUUUGAAGAAAAAAGCUAAAAUCAGUUGGCUCAAUGAAGGUGAUGAUAAUACUAGUUUGUUUCAUCAAAGCUUAAAGCAAAGGAGAUCAAUCAAUUCUGUAUAUGCCAUGCAGGAUAUGCAUGGUCAAUGGGUAGAUUCUAAAGAAAGAGUCUCAGAAGCUUUUCUAUCUUUUCAUUAG